UCGUUGCAUAAACAUCAAUUAAAAAAUCAAUUUUAGAGUCAAAAAAUGCGUUUGCUGAGAGUGGGCGACCGCAUGACAGCGCUGCGUGUGCGUUUGGAGGAGAAAUUGACGCUACCGGAGCGCUUUAAGGGCACCGUCGUGGAGAAGUGGACAAAUUACUGGAAAGGAUUGUUGCGUGAUUACACAGAAGUGGGCGUCGGUGUCGUCAAGGAGUCGUAUGCGAAGCCCAAAAAGGCACUGCUCUAUGGUACCGGUGGACUGGCAGUAUACCUGGCUGCCCGAAACAAUCCCGAUGAGCGUGCCUUUUUAACGCUGUUGCGGAAACAAACAAAUCGCAUGGUGACUCUUCCGCCGGAACAGCAGAAUCGCGAAUCUGCCGACUAUCUGGUUAUGCUGGAGCGUGCUGUGAAUCAGAAAAAGCUGCGCCUACUAUCACUGGGCAUCCUCACUCUGAUGUGGGUGGAUCUGUACGACGAGGAUGAUUGCACCUAUCCGGCCAUCUGUGAAUACACCUCGGUGGGACUUCUCAAUUUCCAUGAGCGCAUCAUUGACGUGGGCUUCUGGAACGAGUUCUGGCGUCUCAAGUACAAGAUGAGCAAUUACGACAUCAACUAUCUGUGAUAAUGGCUUCAUCAAUCGACGAAUUGUUUGUUACCUCUGUUUAAUAUCGCAAAUUGUACAUCAAAAAGGAAUAAUAAAUAGUACAAAUUAUUGUUUGUAA